AUGUCAUUCAAAUCAACCCAAAAAGCUCUUCACUCAUCUAGAUUAACCUCCUUUCCUUACUUUUCACCAAAGUUUUAUAUAUAAUAGAAUGGGUUUCGCAAGCUUUACUGAUGAGUACACUUCUGCUGUCGCUCCAUCAAGGAUCUUCAAAGCUUCCAUCCUCGACUCUCACAACUUGAUUCCCAAACUCUUGCCACAAGGUAUCAAGAGCAUUAAGAUCAUUCAAGGUGAUGGAGGAGCCGGAAGCAUCAAGCAAGUCAACUUUAUUGACGGUCGCGAUUUCAGUAGUGUGAAGUACCACAUUGAUGAGCUUAAUGAAGAUAAGUACACAUACAAUUAUACGUUGUUGGAAGGCGAUGCUUUGGUUGAAAAUCUUGAAAAAAUAACUUACGAGGUCAAGUUUGAAUCCUCGCCUAGUGGUGGUACCAUCUCUAAGGUGACAAGCAAGUAUUACACUAAAGGCGACUUCAUGCUCAAAGAAGAAGACAUCAAGAGCGGUAAGGAAAAGGUUCUGAUGAUGUACAAAGUUGUCGAAGCCUACCUUCUCCAAAACCCCGAUGCCUAUGUCUAGAGGCUUUGUUGCUUAUUAGCUGUUCUGUUCUCUCCAAUGGGUUUGGUUUGUACCUUGUGUUGUGGAAUAAGGAGGCAUAAUUUCGAUUCUGGUUUUUAGUGUCAUCUUUCAGUUUUGUAUUUGCAUCAUGAACAAUAAGAAAGCUUCUUUGCAAAUUUUAUUAAAAGCAUUUACCUUAUCAAA